AUGGCACCGCUAAGAAUGGUUUCAAAGACGAGAGCUCGUUCCUACAAGAGUCCAAACGCUGCGCUUGUGUCGUUGAAGGAGUCUAAGACGAAGAAGAGCCCCGAGAAGAAGCUACCAAGACAGAAAAGCCUCGCUGGCAAAGGUGAGAAGACGACGAGAAAGGAGGCCAAGAUCACCUUUGCUGCAUCCAUCCAAGAGGACAAGCAAUCUCCCACACGAGAGGCAGAGAUCAAUCGUACUUUCCUCUCCCCUCAAGCCAGCGGAGAGCCCACAAUUAAGUCAAAGACCUUACCAGAAGAUGUUCUGGAAAAGAUUGAUUUGCAAGCUCUCGUUGCCUGGAGAGAGAAAAGAAAGCAGCAGAAAAGAGAGAGACAAAAGGAGAAGCGGAAAAAUGAGAAAAUACUAAAAAAGAAAACAACAGAAGAGCCAAGCUUGUUUGGUGAUAACUACAUCCCCUUAUCUGUGCAGAGAAAAGAUUUGAAAGAGUUGGGGUGGCCAGAGAAAUCCAUGGAGGUACUGGCACCAACUGAAGCAGAUUCAUCUGAAAACAGAAAAUCUGUAGAUGUCAAGAAAGGUGGAAAGAGGAGAAUCAUAGAUCCCAGGUUGUUGUAUGAGAUGUCAGAAAAGUUUGUGGAAGAAAUGAAGAAAGCUAGGUCUUCAGGCACACUUGACCAGUUGAUAAAGGAGAAUGUGCAAUCUGUGGAAACUUAUGUCAUUCCUGGAAGUGGUCAAGUUAAGGCACCUCCAGAUCUGAGAGAUUCUACACAAUCAAGUGAAGUCUCAUCCACAACAGAUUGUCCAAUGAAUGAAACAUUCAAGGGCAGGGCCCAUAAGCCAACAGGGAAAGAAACUACUCUUCAAAGGAGGCCACAGAGAUACAUGGUCUCAUCUACCUCUGGAGCAUGGAAUAUGACGCUAAUGACUAAACGAAACCAUGUGAAACCAGGUCUCAUCACUGAAAAAUGGAAACCGGUCCACUGGAAGCCCCACGCUCUACAUCACCACCGAACCAAGUUCAAGGGCGGAGGGGAAUGUGAGUUGUUUGUGGGAGAUGGAGAGCCGUGGGCUGAAGCUGUGUGUGGGUGUAUAGGGGUCCGAGAGAUCUGCGAAUUGAUUGCAUCUGGAAUCCAACCUAUGCAAAACCUCCGCGUUCUGCAGCAGUUGAAAGAAGAAGAACGGCAACCCUGGGCGGCUUCUGCCAUAGUCAGAGGAUUCAAUGGUAUAUCCAAUUGUCAAAAGUUCAAGUUUGACGUGAAAUGUUCUUUACCAACGUUAGAAAUAAUACUUUCCCAGAGUGCAGGGAAAUACUGCGUGGGAGAUAACGUCACGAUGGCAGACUGCUGUCUUGUACCACAGGUCUACAAUGCCCGCAGGUUCAAUGUGGACAUGAGCGAAUACCCCAUCAUCACUCGGAUCAAUGAGGAGCUUGGCCAGCUUGAUGCCUUCUUUGCGGCACAUCCCAACGCGCAGCCAGAUGCACCCCCUGAAUUUCGAUCUUGAAUGCUCUUAAAGUCGUGGCAUACUUGUGCAUUAAGAUGCGGUGAAUUUUAUAUGGAAUGCUUUGAGAACCUGAAGAAUAAUUAUAGAUUUUUGUGAAGGCUUGGGGAUUUGAAAAAAAAAGAACCUGUUUCAUCAGAAAGAAU